CGUCUACCUUCGGAGCUAGCUGGCAGUUGGUAGCUCAGCUGUUUGGAACUAAACAACGGGUCGCGUUCAGGUUUAAACUCGGUUUUAAGUGACAAUUUGCUACAAUUUUAAUCCAGCUUGGACCGGUUUCUGUGGAAUAUGGACCAACUAGAUGGCUAACAACGUAAAACAUCAAUUGCAGGUUCUUCAAAAACAGAAACUCUGGUGUCCAAAGUAAAUCAUGAGUCCCAAGCGCCUCAGCCUUCGAGUUCAGCUUCAUCUUAAAUUGAGCCUUUCCUGUGAAUCACCUGCAGCAGUCCCCAGCACAGAGGCGAAUCAGGGCUUUGACCCUCCUCAUCAAAGUGACACCAGGACUGUUUAUGUAGCAAACCGUUUCCCUGAGCAUGGCCAUUACAUACCGCAGCGCUUCGCAGACAACAGAAUCAUCUCCUCCAAGUACACAAUCUGGAAUUUUGUCCCCAAGAAUCUGUUUGAGCAGUUUCGCAGGAUAGCCAACUUCUACUUCCUCAUCAUCUUCCUUGUGCAGUUAAUGAUAGACACUCCAACUUCCCCAGUUACCAGCGGGCUGCCUCUCCUCUUCGUGAUCACAGUUACGGCUAUUAAACAGGGCUAUGAGGACUGGCUGAGGCACAAAGCGGACAACGAGGUGAACGGAGCUCCAGUGUUUGUGGUUCGCAGUGGGAGUCUGGUCCAGACGAGAUCCAAAAAUAUCAGGGUUGGGGACAUUGUCCGUGUCGCUAAGGAUGAGACGUUCCCAGCUGACCUGGUGCUGCUGUCGUCGGAUCGCGCGGACGGCACCUGUCACAUCACCACAGCCAGCCUUGAUGGAGAAACCAACCUGAAGACCCAUUUUUCUGUGCCAGAGACGUCGGUGUGUCAGUCGGUGUCCCAGCUGGAGGCCUUGCAGGCCGUGGUGGAGUGUCAGCAGCCAGAGGCCGACCUCUACAGGUUUGUUGGACGUGUAACCGUGACGCAGCAUGGCGAAGAGAUCGUCCGACCGCUGGGUCCAGAGAACCUGCUGCUCCGAGGGGCCAGGUUGAAAAAUACCAAAGAAAUAUUUGGUGUGGCUGUUUAUACAGGGAUGGAAUCCAAGAUGGCGCUCAACUACAAGUGCAAGUCCCAGAAACGCUCAGCUGUUGAGAAGUCGAUGAACACCUUCCUGAUCAUCUACCUGGUCAUCCUGCUGUCGGAGGCGGUCCUCAGCACCAUCCUGAAGUACGCCUGGCAGUCCGAAGAAGAGUGGAACGAGCCUUUCUACAACCAGAAGACGGAGCAGGAGAGAAACAGCAGCCCGAUCCUUCAGUUCAUCUCAGACUUCCUGGCGUUCCUGGUUCUCUAUAACUUCAUCAUUCCCAUCUCGCUCUACGUUACUGUGGAGAUGCAGAAGUUUCUGGGCUCCUUUUUCAUUGGCUGGGAUUUGGACCUGUACCACGAGGAGAGCAACCAGAAGGCUCAGGUCAACACGUCUGAUCUCAAUGAGGAGUUGGGACAGGUUGAAUAUUUGUUUACAGACAAGACGGGUACGCUAACAGAAAAUGAAAUGCAGUUCCGCGAGUGUUCGAUAAACGGCAUCAAGUACCGGGAGAUGAACGGCAAACUGGUACCAGAGGGGAUGACGGGGGAUUCACCGGGCGGCUCCUCGCCUCAGCUGAUGAGUGAGGAGUUGUUAUUCCUCAAGGCCGUGUCACUGUGUCACACCGUCCAAAUCAGCUACAACCAGUCAGAGUCCUGGCUGGGAGGGGAUCCGUUCUCCCACACCAACAGCUUCUCCUUCAGCCACAUGGAGUACUACGCCGCCUCGCCGGAUGAGAAGGCGUUGGUCGAGGCAACGAGGAGAAUUGGCGUGGCGUUCACAGGCUGCAGCGGGGACACCAUGGAAAUAAAUACAUUUGGGAAAACUGAAAAGUACAAACUGCUCCAUGUGUUGGAGUUCGAUCCAAACCGCAGGAGGAUGAGCGUCAUCCUGGAGACUCCCUCAGGAGGGAAAAUGCUUUUCACAAAGGGUGCUGAGUCGGCCGUCUUGCCUUUCACCACCACUGGAGAGAUUGAGAAAACCAGGCUGCAUGUGGACGAGUUUGCUUUGAAAGGUUUGCGUACCCUCGUUGUCGCAUGCCGCCACUUCAGUCCGAAGGAGUACAUCGACGUGGACAAGCGGCUGAUGUCGGCUCGCACGGCUCUGCAGCGGCGCGAGGAGAAACUGCAGCAAGCUUUCGCCCACAUCGAAAACAAUCUGCACCUCCUGGGAGCGACCGGCGUCGAAGACAAGCUUCAAGAUAAAGUUCCCGAGACGAUCGAAGUCCUGCGUCGGGCGGGAAUCAAAAUAUGGGUGCUGACAGGGGACAAACACGAGACGGCGGUCAGCGUCAGCUUGUCGUGCGGCCAUUUCCACCGAACCAUGAACAUCCUGGAGCUUCUGCAGCAGCGCUCCGACAACGAGUGUGCAGAGCAGCUCCGCAGGCUGGCCCGAAGGAUAAAGGAAGACCACGUCAUCCAGCACGGCUUGGUGGUCGACGGCGCCAGUCUGUCGUUGGCAUUGAGGGAACAUGAGAAGCUGUUCAUGGAAGUGUGUAAAAACUGCUCAGCUGUGCUCUGCUGCCGCAUGGCCCCGCUGCAAAAAGCCAAGGUUGUUCGUCUGCUAAAGACUUCUCCAGAAAAGCCGAUAACAUUAGCUGUUGGGGACGGAGCCAAUGAUGUCAGUAUGAUACAGGAAGCCCACGUAGGCAUAGGCAUCAUGGGAAAGGAGGGUCGUCAGGCCGUGAGAAACAGUGACUAUGCAAUCGCCAGGUUUAAGUUCCUGGCCAAACUCCUGCUGGUCCACGGUCACUUCUACUACAUUCGAAUAGCUACUCUUGUACAGUACUUUUUCUACAAGAAUGUGUGUUUUAUUACGCCACAGUUUUUAUACCAGUUCUUCUGCUUGUUUUCACAACAAACUCUGUAUGACAGUGUUUACCUGACGCUGUACAACAUCUGCUUCACCUCGCUGCCCAUCCUGGUGUACAGUCUGUUUGAGCAGCUGGUCCACCCCGACAUCCUGCAGGCUAAACCCAGCCUCUACAGAGACAUCAGCAAGAACUCUCUGCUGUCGUUCCGGACGUUCCUGUACUGGACGGUGUUGGGCUUCACUCACGCCUUUGUGUUUUUCUUCGGCUCCUACCUGCUGAUGGGGGAGGACACCUCACUCAUGAGCAACGGACAGAUGUUGCGAGCUAACAGGCAGCUGAUGUUUGGGAACUGGACAUUUGGGACGCUCGUCUUUACUGUCAUGGUCAUCACCGUCACGCUGAAGCUCGCGUUGGAGACUCAGUUCUGGACCUGGAUGAACCAUUUUGUGACGUGGGGCUCAAUCGCUUUCUAUUUCAUCUUCUCUCUCUUCUACGGAGGCAUCAUCUGGCCGUUCUUGCACACCCAGGACAUGUACUUCGUCUUCGUCCAGCUGCUGUCCUGCGGCUCGGCCUGGUUCGCCAUCGUCAUCAUCGUCAUCACCUGCCUGUUUCCUGAAGUGAUGAAGAAGGUCCUCUACAGACACCUGUGUCCCACCAGCACACAGAAGAGCCAGAUGGAGCAGGGUGAGGGUUCAGUCGGCCCAGAAUAUGACCCUGUUAAAGCCCAGCGGAGCCCAGGGGAGGACAAUUGGCACCUGCUAGUUGCUUAUCCUCCCCCUGCCGCCCCGGCCCAGACUCAUGCUCCCCUAGUCUCUAUCCGCCCCCCAGGCGCAGGCCCUCAGCUGUGUGGAGUCCCUGUGCUGCUACCAACAUGGGCAAAGCGGCUGUUCCCGCCUGGCCCGCCUCCUGGAACAAAUGACGGGACAAUGCAAGGCCAGCGUCAACAAUUGCCACACAUCCAGCCGCAGCAACAGGUCUUGGAGCGACACAGAGAACUUCUACUCCAAUGACCGCACCAUCCUGACUCUGUCGCCCAUCGAGGCCAGCCGCUGUUGACUCCCACGGCCGCCACCCCUAACACACACACCAGUACCGCUUUAUGAGCCCACUCCAGUUUAGAAUGAGUGGGGACCAGCCAGGAUUGGGUCCGCAGCGUCUUUGUGUCCCUGCGGCUCUCCGAUUCUUAGAAAGAGACGAGCGUCAGAGGAAAUGAAACGGGUCGGCCUGGUUUUGCCGUCUCCCGUCGGAAGAUACGAUCAGCGCACGAACAGGAAAUAUCAGAUUCCUGAAAGAUGAUCCGAAAAACACAUUUAAAAAGCAAGAAAGGCAUCGGUUUCUUUCCUCUGAACAGAAAACAGACAUGAAACUUAGCAAACUUACUCUGUUCCAGACUUCUUUUUUUUUUCUACAAAUGUUGCUAAAACUGCAAAAACACAAAAUCUUACCAAGUAUUUUUGGUCAAGUUUCAGCUGCAGAUAUCUUGGUACAGUUGAAUUAAGA